AAGUGCCAGGCUGAAGGUGUUAGCAGGGGGAGACAGAUGAUGGCGGAUACCAUAGCGGACACACGGAGGCUCUACUCCAAGCCACAGAACCUUAGCGAUGCCUACGGACCUCCGAGCAACUUCCUAGAGAUCGACGUGAGCAAUCCGGAGACGGUGGGAGUCGGACGGGGCAGAUUCACUACAUACGAGAUCAGACUGAAGACUAACCUUCCGAUCUUUAAGCUGAAGGAGUCGUCCGUGAGAAGGAGAUACAGUGACUUUGAGUGGCUCAGAGGAGAACUGGAGCGAGAGAGCAAGGUGGUCGUUCCUCCACUGCCAGGGAAAGCUCUGUUCAGGCAGCUCCCGUUCCGUGGCGACGACGGCAUUUUCGACGACUCGUUCAUCGAGGAGCGGCGGCAAGGCCUGGAGCAAUUCCUCAACAAGGUGGCUGGUCAUCCGUUGGCCCAAAACGAGCGCUGCCUGCAUAUGUUCCUCCAGGACGAAUCUGUGGAUAAAAACUACACCCCUUCCAAAGUCAGACAUGCCUGAGCUGGCCACACUGGAGCUCUUUGCUAAACGUCUGGGGGAGAAGCCUCGUCUGACCUGAACUCUUCCUUUGGGAUCGAAAAAACAAACUGAAUGAACCAUACAACUGCAUCUGAAAUGAAUCCAUGCAAAUGAACCGUUCAUGCUGCAAACCGCGUCUGGUCCCGAGCAAACCAAUAAGUCUGAAGAUUUAAAAAGAAAAAUCACACUAUAAUGUGAUUUAUGUGAUUUAUAAUGUGAUCACACUAUAAUGCCUUUUAGCACUUAUAUUUAUUCAAUUGGAGUACUUUGUGCUCCAAUUGAAUAAAUAAUCUUUCCUUCUCUGAAAUAAAGAUUAAAAAAGAAGUAUCUCUUGUUUUAGGUUUCUAAGUUUGAUAUCGAUGAGGCUCAGGAUGUUAUUAUGAGAAAUGCCUGACAAACACGAACCAAAAACUUUUCCAUAUGCAAGCAUUAUUUACCAUUGUUGGUUUAAAUUCUAGGUUUUCUUUAACUGAAUUUAACUCAUUUGAGACAGGUGGCUUUUUCUGUUUUAUAACUUGCACUACUUUUGAGAACACAAGCUAUUCUUUCUUUCCCAGAACGCAGCACUUCAGUGACGCUUCUCCAACGCGAAGUGUGUGAACUGUAACCACCACACAGCCACUAGCUGAUCUGAGCCGAGCCUCAAACCAGUUUGUUUUCUUCGGUUUUCAGUUAUUAUUCCUAAUCAGUGUACGACGUGAACACAAGACAGCUGUCGGUGCAUGUUUCCGGAUUUGUAUAUUGCUGUGACGUUAUAUGUUUCUGAAAAUUUUCCAAUAAAACUGUUCACACACACAUAGUGAGAAA